GGGCCAGCGGGCAGUAUGUGGCCGUCGCCUCCUUGGUUGCUGGCGGGGCUGGUGCUGGCGGCGCGCUGCGGAGAGGCCGCGGUGGCUGUCCUCGGCGGCCCGUUCGUCUCCCCGCAGCCCACGGAGACAGCGGGCGGCACGACGCGGAGUAGCGGCGGGCGACUGGCGGAGGUGUCGGUGCCGCCCGAGGAGGGCCAGCCUAUGACCCAGCGCGCCCUGUCCAUAUUGCUGCUGGCCAGCGCCGCUCUCAUCGUCUACUUUGUGAUCCGGACGGUGCGGCUCAGAAGACAUAACAGGAAAACAAGAAGAUAUGGAGUUUUGGAUACAAACAUAGAAAACAUGGAGCUGACACCACUAGAGCAAGAUGAUGAUGAUGAUGAUACAACACUAUUUGAUGCCAAUCAUCCUCGAAGAAUAAUGCAAAGACGCAGUCAGGUGUGGAGCAACUAUGAAACUAGCAAGAGAGGUCUUGGAUUAGUACGUGCCUUGCAGUGAAAUAACUUAAUUCUUGAACCAGACGAGACUGCUUCACACGAGGAAUAGGAAGCAAGAAGAUGUGUAAGCUGGGGAGAGGCUAAUUGAAACUUAGCAUACUGCAGCAUCCUUAGUUUGUUCCAUAAAUACUGUACCAAUUUGUUGUACCUUCCUGUAUAUAGAGAAUUGUAAAGCCUGAGGAGAGAGGGUGCACUAAAACGAAAACCUAUUUGGAAGGGAGAUUACUUUUAAAACAGGGUAUUUUUUGUUUGUUCUAAAUCUUGUAUGCCGUAAGUGUGGUAUACAAUUUUUCUACAACAAUCUGGAAUGUUAACAGGUUUUUGGCUGAUAUUAAAUUAUAAGUAAACUUAACCUGUGUAGAUUACUCAGAAUUGUUAUAACUCAGUUUUAACUGAGGAGAUGCUUUACCCUUUGCAAAUAAAAAGCCAAACUACUGCCUUUCACGUUGAGAUUUUUUUUUUAACUAAUAAAGUUGUUACGUGUAAGUUUAAGUGAAAAAAUAAACCUGUUUACAAUGUUUCUAGUAUUUAGUGUGUUUUUCAGCACUAUAUAGAUAUUAAGGAUAUUACUAAUAGGGUCUUACUAAAGAUAGUAAUGCCUCAUCUUUUGCUGUUAAGUCAAUUUCUUUGUAAGGGCUAUCUUUAACUGAUGUGAAACAACUCUUGCUCCGCUGACUUAGUGGUGUCAGCAUUCAGACCUGUGAUGAAGCAGACAUCAGGACUUUAGGUAAAGUUCCUUACUUUUGCAGUCUGUAUUCUUUUGUGCUUUAGAUCUGGGGAAAAUACUAAACUUGAACCAUAACUCUAAAGUGAUCAGAAGCAGCAGUUACUUUGAAAUAUGCAGUAGCAUUCACAUGAAUGUAGUUUGUUUGUUUUCUUUAGCCAGGGUCCUAAAAUUUAAUGGAAUAACUUUUAAAAUAGAGAAGACGUGAUUUUUUAAAAAUGUUUCACAUCCUACAAUGCUCUUAAAUAUUAUGGGUGAAAUGUAGAAAUUCCAGGCUGUUAAAAUUACAUUGGUGUAAUUGUACCACUAAUUUUGUACAUCUAAUCUCAAGGUAUAAACUUGCAAACAGACUCUUUUUCCUGAUUGUUCGGUCCCUUUUUGGAGGAGUAUAGGAAUAUCUUCAAGACUACUUUUAUAACAAUGGGGAGUUGUCUGCCAUACAUAUAUAUAUAUAUCUUUAAAAUUCUCUGCUAGCUGAUUUGUACUGAACCCUAUUUAUUUUGCCAUAGUGAAACCUUAGACUGGGUUUGAAGUAAUCAGUCUUCCAAGCUAAUGUUCAUCUACAGUUUGCUCAUGUGCCACAGUCUGCUGGGAAAUACGUUGUAUUUACAAUAAAUUGAAGUAAUUUUA